AUGUCCUUCUAUGAAGAACUUAGGUCGCGGAAGGGAACUGCAAAAUGGGAAAGAGCGAUCACAAUACGCCUUUAUCCUCCCGCACUAGGUGCACUGGACACGCCUAGGAAAAGAGCAAAAAAUGGUGGAGUGGAGAAGAAGAAGAGGAAAAAAGAGGCCGCCACGAAUAUCGACGAGUGUCGUGAUGGUACCCACACUUGUGAUUUACAUCAGAACUGCAUAAAUACACAGGGUGGAUAUGAAUGUCGGUGUAAGCAUGGCUUCGAGCUCAACUCCUCGUCUGGAUCUUGCGUAGAUAUCGACGAGUGCCGUAAUGGUACUCACGCUUGUGACCAGCUCCAGGUCUGCGUCAAUACGCCUGGUGGCUAUGUAUGUCAGUGCAAGCAUGGCUUCCAACUGGAAACCUCAUCUGGAUCUUGUAUAGAUUUCGACGAAUGUGGCGAUGGUACUAACGCCUGUGACCAGCUCCAGGACUGCGUCAAUACACCCGGUGGAUAUGUGUGUCGGUGUAAGCAAGGCUUUGAACUGGAAUCCUCGUCGGGGUAUUGCGUAGAUGUUGAUGAGUGCACUUUGAACCAGCACAACUGCACCCACGGCCAGCAAUGUGAGAACCUGUCGGGUUCAUUCACCUGCACUGAUACCUCUAUCACAAAUACUGAGUUCCCUUCCAUUGGAUUGCAACCUACAUGUCCUAAGGGAUACAUGGUUACAAACAUGCAAUGUAAUGCCAAGGAGUGGAAUUCCUUGCCGGAGUCGGUGUUUCCUGAUAGUUACAAUCCGGGUAUCUUUAAGUCAAGAGUGAAUAGGUUACUUCUAGGUAAGCGCGCUCCAUCGUCGACCGCAUCGUCGCUUUCCAUCAGGAUUUGUGUCAAGCAACAAAACUUUUGUCAAGUUGGACACUGGAACUGCUCCGAGCAACCUGACGUGUACUGCUACAAGUUCUUCAACUUUGUCGCCAACAUCGAUUUACCGUUCGGAAAGGUGGAUUUCUAUGAAAUGCCGAGCCCUUUCCAUUCUUGGCACGUCAUGUUUUCGAAAGCAAAGUAUCAUUUGCGCAUUGUAUCGGUCAACGCGUCACCUGGUGUUCAACCAGCUAACCUUCGAUGCUUCAACACUCGUGAAUCUUUCAACGCCUGCGUGGUGUCGCUCGAGUGCUCCCUGCCAGGGCCUCAAGUGAUAGAACUUGAGUUAAGAAGGUACAUCAUCAAAUUCUCCAAAGUCACCAGCAUCACGGCCGUUCGGCUCUUCGUAAUUAUCUCGCAAUAUGAAUUCUAG